GUAACAUGACCCAAGUGUUGAAACAAAACAAUAAUUUAGAUCAGCACAUACGUCGUACUGUUUCCGAAUCGAGAUAAAAUGGAUUUAGAUGGACUGCAGCUGUUGCUAGACGCAGUCAAACAACUGGAUCAAAAACCAUUCGAACUACCGACAGCGACUGCGUCGCAGAUUCCCAGCGCCUGUUGUUUUGAAGAAGUGAAGUCUACUCCUGCCGGAGGAUGCUCUCCAUCAAGAAGCGUACAGGAUGACCCGGAAAACCAAAAUAAUUGUUCCCGUCAUGAUAAUCACGAGCGACCGUCAGCAAACGAUAUGCGGGAUGAAUCUCAAUCUGAAGAUAUUCACAUCAAUGAUUCGAGAAAUGAAACAGCCGCUAUUUCUUUCUCAUUAUUUGCUUGUUUGCCGCAACGCUUAGCAUCGACACCAAUGUACGGCCGAAGUGAUCCCCAAAUGGAAUUCAGCAAUCCGAUGGAUCUUUCCAUUGCAAGCACAAUGACUGCUGAUGAAGGUCCGCUCGAUCUUUCGAUUGGGCCACACGUAACUGACCAUUCUGUUGAAGCCAUCGAUUUAGUGCUUCCUCGAAUUCCAGAAAAAUCUCUAUCGCCAGCCAUUCCACUGGAUUUGCGAUCGGCAAAAUCCAGCCUGCCGGAUCCGACAUCAGAUCUGCAAUGCAAAUAUUCCAGACUUCAAGAAAGCCAAGCAUCUACGAAACAGGUUGGCAUCGCCGAUGCAGCAAAGAUGAGCAAAAUUUCACCACUAAAGCGAAAACCUAUCGAAACGGAAGUUGAUUCAUCUACAAAGAAAAAAUCCGAGAAGUCGCAAGGUAAUCGCAAAAAUGUAUAUAUAUAA